CACUGCAUCAACUUGUCAAAAGGCACCGGAGCGGAAGGAAAAGCACCUCAGCCUUCGCUUCUCUCCUCUUCCCUCCUGUUUGAGAAAUUUACGAACAAAGAAGACGUAGAGCUUUUUUUAGUAUUCAAUUUGGUGGGUUCUUGAUUUUAUAUAUUUAUCACUUCCUCAUGGAGAUAGACGGAGCCAAAGUACAAGUUUCUCAAAGUUUAAUUGAUAAGAUUUACAAUGUGUUUUCUGACGGGAUGCACUUUGCCGCUCCAGUAUCAUCCUUGAGGAUGAGUGAAGUGGACUUGGUACGAGGUGUUUUACAAAUGUUUCAAGGCUUUUCCAGUUCCUUGUUCUAUUGGGACCAAAGUGGACAGAAGUUUCGUGCCAAAACUGGGAUCUAUGUCACUCACCUUUCCCUUAAGAGUUUAUAUGUCCUUCUCAAUCAAUUCACUUAUGGAGCAACAUGUUUAAAACUGGUGGAAAUUGCGGUCGGUAGGGUGGAGACCUUUACGAGAGUAACUUCCCCUACUUUGAGGGCAUUUUCAUGCUCCGUUUCUGAAUGGCUCAAGAGAUUGAGGAAUAUUGCUUUGAAGGAAGAAAUGAAAGUAUGUGAGCCAAAUGUUGGAAUUUCGACAACCCUACUGGGAUUAGCAAAUUCCUUGUCAAGUUAUGCGCCCAAUUCAAUGGCCCGGUUCGUGGUGGAGAAGAACAGCUUGAUGGUCACAUCGCCGGAGAAGAUUAAAGGGUCGCAUGACAGUGCGAUUGGGAAUUUCGGGAUUCCACAAUAUGGGGGAAGCAUGGCUGGGACUGUGGUGUAUCCCAAGGAGAACCAGAAGGGUUGUAAAGGGUUUGAUCAGUUCAGGAUUAAGUUUGAAUCCAAGCCUGGUGCUUUGCCCAAUUUUGUUUUGGUCGAUCGUGGAG